AUGUCACUCGCUUUUUAGGAUACAUUCUAUAUGAGAGAUGGAGUAUUUUUGAAAGACAAUACAGUUGCUUAUGGAGGUUAAAUUGAAAAGAUUGUAAUGUUUCUAAGAACCGGAACAUACCAAUCUUUCUUAUUAACUUCGGAUGUCGCCUAAUCUUGUAGUCCGUUUAACCUCAAACCAAAUGCAGAAGUCAGUUAAGCUGUCUCAUCAACAAAUUUUACAUUCGAAACGAUUCCUACCUAGUAUUUUAGUAGUGCCCCGAUGAACAUCACCAAAACAUCUGAUAUUAACUCUACCUUGUUAGAUAUUAGAAAGUAUCGAACAAAUUACACAGGUUUAUGCGAAUACAUACCAAAGUUAUGGACUUCCAACAAUAAAACAUACAUUGUUGAAGUAUAUCCAAUUUAGUUGCAAAGCUUCAAUAAAAAUAUUUCCUCUUCUUAUUUCUCUGGGGAUGAAUCUUGCUAGGAUUAAUCUAGAAAGUUCACAGUCAGUCCUCUAGUUUAAAACGAUUUGCAAUUUUAAUUUGAUGGAAAAGAUCAAAUUAGUUUGGAUUAAUAACAAUAUGCAGCAAGAAACUCCAAUUUUACAGUUACCUGCACUUAUCCUUCCGGGUAAACAAACUCAUUCAAUCUUUAAAUCUAGCCUACCAACUGUUCUGUCUAAUUGGACCCUGUCAUUUACUAAAAUCAAACAUAUAAUAUUGGUGCUCCAUCAUUGAUAAUCGACUUAAAAACCUACACAGUCAAUCAAGGGUGUCCUAUACCAAGUCAAAUAAAUAUAAUCACAACUUUAAAUCCUAACUAUACUUCAACCAUUACUAAAUCAGUAGAUAACUUGCUAACAAUAUUUUAGACAGAUAAAUAAGCGAUAGUUGUCAAAUAUCAAACUGACACUUUGCCUCAAAUUUUUGGCUUUAAUCCUUUAACCAAAAUAUUAUCUGUUGAUUCAACCAAUAACGGAAGCUCUCCUCUAAAUUUUACAUUGCAUUUAGCAAAAAACUAUAGCAACUACAACUACAACGAAAACAACUACGACUACUACAACGACAACUACGAUGACUACGACUACUACUACGACUUAAACUCCGACUACGACUUAAACUCCGACUACGACUGCUACUACGACUUAAACUCCGACUACGACAACUACUACGACAACUACUACGACUACUACUACGACUAAAGCUCCCAUUACGACAACUACUACAACCACAUUAACCCCAAAAUCAAAGCUUUUGUUAAUUAGGCCUAAUUCAUCAAACUCCCAGCCAUUUUUGACAUUGAAAAUAAUAAAAUAACCAUCUCAUUAAAGCAUGAUUUUCCUGAUAAGACUCUAUACAUAAAUAAAAAUACUAUUGUAGUUAAUGCUACUGUCAAUCAAGUCGGAGUUCAUAAAAUAUCAAUUGUUCUUCUUGAUGAUGGAAUUCCUCCUCAAGAAACUAGAUAUACUAUAAAGCUCACCAUAAAAUAAUUGCCUUUAGCUGACCCUAUUCCUCCACAAUCUAUGCAUGAUUUCUCGAAGUAACUUAAAGCAACAUUAGUUGGAUUAAAUCAGAUUGGAUAAGCAUAGAUUAAAGUUAAUCAAAAUUUGCAAUUUGAUUAUGCCUCAAGUACCUUCAAAGAUAUAGAAAUUAAAGCUCUUCUUAUUCAAGGAAAUUGA